CAAUCAAUGGCCGAGUCUUCUGCGGCCAAUCGCGUGAACGCCCAGUCGGUGGUCACCUCUGAGACCAAUCCAUCCAUAUUUGAAGUGUUGGCUCAACAGAGUCUGGCCGACGGUCUCCGACGGGCCGCCAAUUAUCUCAUUAAUAUAUUAUACACGAAUAAUACCGAAAAGUUUGACUUUUGGUACAAGAAUUUCGAUGAGAUCUACCUCUUGGCCGACAUUUGUGUCCAAUUUUGUCACUUAAAGGCAUUCAACGCCUCGUUUGCCGAACACUUCUAUAGUCUUAAGCGAAUCUCAGCCGAUAAGACACGCCAUCGCGUACUCAAUGGCCGACAAGUGCUCACAUCGUUGGCACUGUUGACAGCGUUUCCCUACAUUAAGGCUAAAUUUGAUUCCCUGUACGCGAGACUCAAGUUAAGAGAGUUGGAGUCACAGACCACGGAUCAGCUCAACCGUCAACGACUCUUUGUCAGAGCGUAUCCAACAAUACUCACGUUUUGUCGUCUACUGAGCCUUUACUAUGAGAUCAGUUACGCCGUCGACCGGAACCCAUACCACUCACCACUGGUUCGGUUGGCCGGCGUUCGACUCAUUAACUUAGAGGACACUGAUUUCAAGGCACCGACGGAUCAGUUAAUGUAUAUUUCUCUGAUAUUAUACACGAAUAAUACCGAAAAGUUUGACUUUUGGUACAAGAAUUUCGAUGAGAUCUACCUCUUGGCCGACAUUUGUGUCCAAUUUUGUCACUUAAAGGCGUUCAACGCCUCGUUUGCCGAACACUUCUAUAGUCUUAAGCGAAUCUCAGCCGAUAAGAUACGCCAUCGCGUACUCAAUGGCCGACAAGUGCUCACAUCCUUAGCACUGUUGACAGCGUUUCCCUACAUUAAGGCUAAAUUUGAUUCGCUGUACGCGAGACUCAAGUUAAGAGAGUUGGAGUCACAGACCACGGAUCAGCUCAACCGUCAACAACUCUUUGUCAGAGCGUAUCCAACAAUACUCACGUUUUGUCGUCUACUGAGUCUUUACUAUGAGAUCAGUUACGCCGUCGACCGGAACCCAUACCACUCACCACUGGUUCGGUUGGCCGGCGUUCGACUCAUUAACUUAGAGGACACUGAUUUCAAGGCACCGACGGAUCAGUUAAUGUCAGCGAUUGAAGCGCCGAGAGAUUUAUUUUCUCGUUUCGCGAGACUAUCGGUGACGGCAACCAAAUGCUUGGCCACGGGUUUCGCGGCCGGUCUGUCGGUCAGCGCUUUUUUCAUACAAUUUCUCGACUACUGGUACAGUACGGACAUGUAUGCGCACAGUUUCGCACCCCUUCCCAUACCCCCAGCGCCUCCAAAAAUUGAGAUCGAUAUUCCUGUAGAGAAGUGUCCCAUUUGUUUGAAUGUCCGCCAAAACGAUACCGCACUCAUGACCAGCGGGUUUGUGUUUUGUUACGCAUUCGCUGUCCGGUCACUGGCUAUCCGACGGCCACCGAUCAGCUCAUCAAACUCUAUCCACCCGACGCCUGACCGCAUACUACCAUUCAUUGGACUAUCGGUGACGGCAACCAAAUGCUUGGCCACGGGUUUCGCGGCCGGUCUGUCGGUCAGCGCUUUUUUCAUACAAUUUCUCGACUACUGGUACAGUACGGACAUGUAUGCGCACAGUUUUGCACCCCUUCCCAUACCACCAGCGCCUCCAAAAAUUGAGAUCGAUAUUCCUGUCGAGAAGUGUCCCAUUUGUUUGAAUGUCCGCCAAAACGAUACCGCACUCAUGACCAGCGGGUUUGUGUUUUGUUACGCAUGUAUUAUAAACCAUUUGAAAGUCAACAGUCGCUGUCCGGUCACUGGCUAUCCGACGGCCACCGAUCAGCUCAUCAAACUCUAUCCACCCGACGCCUGA